CCCAUUUGUUGUGAGCUACAGUAUGUAUAAAUCUCCGUACCCAACGCUCUUUUAGGAGUAUCAAUCGGUGUGGUGUCAAUCACAGCGGCGGCUUCCCUUUCAUCUCGAUCCUCCCAGUCGCUGCGAGAGAGAAGGCAGAGAGAGAAGAGACAGAGGACGGGGAAGGAGAGCUACAUUUCUUACGGAGCGGUGCUCCAGUUUGGAAGUCGGUCCACAGCGUAUCGGUUUAUAACGCACUCCUCGAUCUUUUGUAUAGUUUAUUACUUUUUAUUUAGCCGUUAUUCAGUUCAAGUAUGUAUGUUCAUUCUAAUAGGGAUAGAUGCGCAGUAUUGUUUAAGUGGGGGAAAUAAAUAGUGUUCUACUUGUGGCAAACAGGCAGCACGAGAUUCAGAGACGCGUUUUUUAAAUGUUAUUUUUCCUUUUUUUUUCCACGAAAGGACUGCAACUCUCACAGGACCCCAGAACGAGGAAAUAUAAGCAGAAGUUUUCUUCUACAUGCACUUUGACCGUUAGCGGAGCUCCCGGGUGUGUGCCCUCCUCUGCCAAAUCUAACGGCACAUCUGACUCUCGUGAUGAGGUUUUGACUUCUGACAUUUUAAAGAGCCGAACUGGCGAGUGCCGCGGGUUGAGCGUGCACUACACAUCCGCUUUUGCCGAUAACAUCUUCAAUUUCGGAUAUUUAGAAUUUGAAUCAUUGUAAGAAUCCAUAAUAUUUCGAAAAACAACGACAAAAAAGGAUCUCCUGUUAAUUUAGCUAAAUCAAAAAACGUGAUCGCACGCAGUUUCCUCCAGGGUACGGAGCGCAACACUUCAAGCCGCUUCAAGGAACAUUUUUGGUUUCCUUUUGGGGAUUUCGAUAGUUCCUCUAAUUUGGACAGUGCGAGUACUUGACUGAAUCAAAAUGCCACAACUAGCAGGUGGUGGUGGUGGCGGGGACCCUGAGCUUUGUGCCACCGACGAAAUGAUUCCGUUCAAGGAUGAGGGAGACCAAGAACAAAUAUUCGCAGAACUCAGUCACUCAGAGGAAGACGAGGGAGACUUGGCAGAUAUCAAGUCAUCUUUAGUAAAUGAGUCAGAGACGAGUCCAAACAGCAAUCAUGAUGGAACUAGACAAUCCCAAAUAUCCCAAGACUCAUAUCAUGAAAAACACAGAGACCAUCACGACGAUGGGAAACACCUAGACAUGUACAACAAAGGUCACCCGUACUCUGGAUACCCAGGUUACAUCAUGAUGACUAAUAUGAACAACGACUCCUACAUGAACAACGGCUCCCUGUCGCCGCCCAUGCCCAGAACGUCCAAUAAGGUUCCGGUGGUGCAGCCGUCGCAUGCGGUCCAUCCGCUCACCCCCCUCAUCACGUACAGCGACGAACAUUUCGCCCCCGGACCCCACUCCGGACACCACCCCCAGGACGUCAACCCCAAACAAGGACAGUACCACUCAUCCUGUCUCUCUACAGGCAUGCAGCGGCAUCACCCCGGGCCGGACAUGACCAACUUCUACCCCCUCUCCCCUGGAGGAGUGGGACAGAUCACGCCCCCACUGGGAUGGUUCUCCCACCACAUGGUCCCGGGUCCCCCCGGCCCCCACGCCACAGGGAUCCCCCACCCGGCCAUCGUCAACCCCCAGGUCAAACACGAGCCCCAACACGACAACGACCUGAUGCACAUUUUUGCCAGGAAGCCUCAGCACCAGGAUCAGAGGAAGGAGCAGGAGCCCAAGAGACCCCACAUCAAGAAGCCGCUGAAUGCCUUCAUGCUGUACAUGAAGGAGAUGAGGGCCAACGUGGUGGCAGAGUGCACGCUCAAGGAGAGCGCCGCCAUCAACCAGAUCCUGGGACGGAGGUGGCAUGCUUUAUCCAGAGAAGAGCAAGCUAAGUAUUACGAGUUAGCCCGCAAGGAACGGCAGCUCCACAUGCAGCUCUACCCAGGCUGGUCCGCCAGAGAUAAUUAUGGAAAGAAGAAGAAGCGGAAGAGGGAGAAGAUACAGGAACCGGCUGCAGGAGGAAAACGGAACGCUUUCUCCACGUCGUGCAAAGCGAAGGCAGCAGCUAUGGCCCCUCUGUUAGAGAUGGAGGCCUGCUAGAUUCCAUCUUAUCCCUGACCCCCAAGCCUCAACUCCUGUUCUCAGAGGAACUUGACUUUAUACUCCUCUCCUGCAGUGGACUCUCCUAUCUGCUGUAGAAACUCUGAACUGAACAAGACAAUCACUACUAAAGACCAUCAUCCAACCGCAUGCAAACUCCCCAGCCCCCUCACUCCCCAGCCCCCUCACUCCCCAGCCCCCUCACUCCUCAGCCCCCUCACUCCCCAGCCCCCUCACUCCCCAGCCCCCUCACACCUUUUUUUCUUCUUACAAGCAGCUCUAUCUCAAUCCAAGGCACUGCACUGAAAACAGUUCAGCGAUUUCACUUUGUCAAACACAAUUAACACCUCCCCAAACAUGCCCCAACACCUGUUUCUAAGUUAUUCCUAAGUUAUUUGCCACCUCCGUUCCUUUCCUUUGUACAGCCCACUAUGUUCGACCCAUCAACACUCCCCUUUCCCCUCUCUCACUGGAUUUCAGACCACAUGUUUGGGUUGUGGCCUGACCCAACACCUCUUUAGACUGACUGCACUAUCACAAGGAAGAUGGAGGGAUGUCAAUCACAUGUUGUCAAGGAAACAUCCUCUCACGGCUCCUGUCCUCCAUUUUGUUUUUAUUAACGACCAGUUGGUGCAAAAAAUAUCAACAUUUUAUGAUUAUAGCUUUUACUUUUGAGUUGGAAUUAAUCGAAUGCUUUUUUUGUAUUUUGAACUUGGUUUAAAUUUCUCGGUGUAUAUUUUCAGUGAAUGUUUUUUUUUUAUAUAUAUAUAUACUGGUAUAUAUGAAAAUAAGCUUUGAACACAGGAAAGCCAUUUGUUUUCUUGUUAAAGCGUCUUGCAGAAAAAUGAAAAUUAAGGCUUCUUUUGAUACUAUUUGUAACAAAUAGUGACCUUGACUCGAGUCUUGCUCAGAUGUAAGAUAAAGCUCAGUAUGUGUACUUUUUAAAGAAACUGUCAGGAUAUGUCACUUUUCUUGGUAUUUUUGCAGGCAACGUUAGGACAAAGGCAAGUGGUUGCUCAGAGGCCUAUAUUUUAUUGUUCUAAACUGACAAAUGAAGCAGAUAUAUAUUUACCCCAGCACUUGGCAGUGUUCAUUUUAUUGCCAUCAGGGUUGGGGUCAAUUCAGAAAGUUAACCAAAUUCCAAUUGCAAUUUGACAUUUUCCUCAUUGGAAAGCAUUGAAGAGAAGUUGGAGUUGGAAUUUCAGUGUACUUCCUGAAUUGACCCCAAGCUUGAUUGCGAUGGACUUUUCUCUUCUCUAUCUGGUAACUGUGGUCUUUUUGCCCAUGUUGUUUAUUCCAUGCAUUUCUGUAACAUUUCAUUGAUUUUAUGCUCUAUUUUUAGUAUUACUUGAUGCAUUUUUUAUUCAUUGUCGUAUUUUGAAUCACUGUCAUCUUGGUAUAAGCACUUUGCUUCCCAAGUGGUCACAUUUUAACAGUUUCAACAUGUUUUGUUUUUUUAAGAAAAAUAAAAAGGCAUUGGCUCA